UUGGUUUGUUGGGAUACACCGCUGCAGGUCUUGUGCAAGCAGGACACUCAGUCAAUGCCAGCUUGUACUUUCCACUUAUCUGUUGAACAGAUACAUCAUAAUGUUGACCUUUGAUGAUGUUUUAGAAGAAGUAGGAGGAUUUGGAUUAUAUCAGAAAAUCACAUUCUUUUUUGUGUGCCUACCCUCGGCAGUGUUCUCCUAUCUCUACGUUGGAUUUGUUUUUUUAGCAGUUACUCCUGACCAUUGGUGCAGGAGUCCUGGGGUGACUGAGUUGAGAGAUAAAUGCAACUGGUCUCUGGAACAGGAGAAGAAUUAUACAUUACCUGUGGGGCAAUCUGGCAGCUCCUCAUAUAGUCAGUGCGAGAAAUAUGAUGUUGACUGGAAUUCCUCUUCAGGCAGCUGUGAAAAUCCACUGCUGUUUAUUUGGAAUGGAUCCCAAGAUUUGCCACUUAUAACGUGCCAGGAUGGGUGGGUUUUUGAAAAUGACUCCAUCUCCAGUAUUGUGACUGAGUUUGAACUGGUGUGUGCUGAUUCCUGGAAACUGGAUCUAUCUCAAGCUUGCCUAAACCUGGGAUUUACACUUGGAACAGUAAUCAUGGGAUAUGCAGCAGACAGGUUCGGUAGAAAAUUGAGCUUCUUGUUUGCAACAUUUGUUACUUCAGUUCUGGGACUUGUAGUACCAUUCUUGCCAAACUACAGUUGGUUUUUGAUUUUCCGAACAUUACAAGGCUUGUUCAGCAAAGGAAGUUGGGUGUGCGCAUAUGUCUUCAUUACAGAACUUGUUGGACUACAGUACAGAAGAACAGUGGGUGUUUUAUAUCAAGUGUGUUACAGUUCUGGGAUGAUGAUACUUUCAUCUGUGGCUUAUUUCAUACCAGACUGGAGAAAUCUGCAACUGGCAACCACCAUUCCAAGCUUUUUCUUCCUGACCUACUAUUGGUUGAUCCCAGAGUCUCCCAGGUGGAUGCUGUCUCAAAAGAAGAAUACUGAAGCCCUGAGUGUCAUACAGCAAAUGGCAAAAAGAAAUGGGAAAAGUUUUUCAAACAAAAUUGAGAUAGUUGAAGAACGCAGUGAGGACUUAGAUCGUCCUUCCUUUGUAGAGCUGGUACGGACUCCUCAGAUGAGGAAACACACCUUUAUCUUGAUGUUUAACUGGUUCGCUAUUACGUUGGUGUACCAAGGUCUCAUUAUGCGUUUGGGAACUCUGGGAGGAAAUAUUUACCUUGACUUCUUCAUUUCGGGAGCAGUAGAAAUCCCGGCAGCAAUUCUCAUCCUUUUAACCAUUGAGCGGAUUGGACGGCGUCUUCCAUUUGCAGCAGGUGGUCUGUUGUCAGGGGGCACUUGUCUAAUAGCUGCAUUCAUACCCGAAAAUAUUAGUUGGUUGGCAACCGCAAUAGCCUUUGUGGGUAAAUUAGGAAUUACUAUGUGCAUCGAAAUGGUGAUAUUUGUAAAUACUGAACUAUACCCAACAUUUAUAAGGAACUUUGGUGUUUCAGUGUGCUCAUCACUGUGUGACAUUGGAGGGAUUGCUGCCCCAUUCAUUGUAUACCGACUGUCAGGAAUCUGGAAGGGGUUGCCUCUUCUGGUUUUAGGUGUGAUUGGUUUGAUUGUUGGUGGCCUAGUGUUGCUCUUGCCUGAAACAAAGGGCUUGACUUUACCAGACUCCAUUGAAGAUGUGGAGAACCUCAAACGACCAAAGAAAAAGAUUCUGAAGACGCACCACCAGCAAUCUGUUCUGUAUUCAACAGAUGUCAAGGAUCCAGCUUCAGUGAAGAUGGUUGUUGAAGGAUGAGCUAGCUUUAGAUAUUUUCCGAACAACUAUAAAGGUACUAUGACAGACAGCAGGUGGGACUUGAACCCAGGCCUUCUGGCUCAGAGAUAGGAACGUUACUGUACCACAAGAGUGUUCCAAUGAAUUAACUUCUAGAUAUUUUCUAAUCAACCUGUUCAGAGAUGUUAUGGCACACCUCUGCAAGAGAUGAGCACCCACAGCUCCUUGCUCAGAGGUACGGACACUUCCACUAUGCCACAACAGCCCUAAUGUAUUAGCUUCAAGUGUCUGACACAAACAGUUAGCUGCAGCUGUUUAGCCUUUUACUUCACAAUCCAAUAAUAUCCACUUUUUUCUGGUGAUUCACUAACAUCUGUGAUUUGGAUUAGUGUUUGUUUUCUUUAAUAUGUGGUACAGCUUUCAAGAAACAAAUCAGAGGCUAUAAAUCACUUAAAAAUUACAGACUCAAAAAUGAACCUUUAACGCUAAAUAUGAAAUAUUUAAUCAGUCCUCAAAUAGUGCUUAAUGAUAAAAGAAAACCAUGUAAGAAAAUAAAUGCUUAUAUUUUAAAUUUGCGUUUGGGAAGUCUUGUCUCCAAUGGUAUGACUGAAAGCACUGGGUGCUAUUGUAAACUUGAGCUUCAGUAAACACAAAAAUGAAGAUGACUGAAGAUAAUUGUACAGAGGAAUACUGAUUUAAGUGACAUCAAUAAUCACUGCACCCCUCAAAUCCUGCUUCAGCCAAUUAAGUUAGAAUCUAUUUGCAAGCUUUGUUGUUGUAGAAUGAAAACCUCAUUUUUGCAUAUACAGCUUGAGGCUAUACUCUCCUAAACGAAGAGGUGUAUAAAUAAAACCAAGCACAAUA